AUGCCUUACAACACCACACCAAUCACUCCCGCCAAGGAGACUACCGGCAGUGCAUCUCUUCCACUCGCCCGCGUGAAGAAGAUCAUCGCAUCCGAUCCCGAUGUCUCCAACUGCAGCAACAAUGCCGCCUUUAUGAUCACCGUCGCGGCGGAGAUGUUCAUUCAACACCUCGUCGAGCAGAGUUACAACGUUGUCAAGAGCGAGCGCAAGCCGAGGAGAAACAUUCAGUAUCGGGAUGUUGCAAACGCCGUGGCUCGCGCGGAGAAUCUCGAAUUUCUCACAGACGUCGUUCCCAAGACUAUGACGUGGAAGCAGUACAAGCAGAAACAGGCC